CCAUGCAUAUUGGAGGAAAGGCCAAAUGCUCGCCAAGACGACCCAAUUGUUUUCUGUGCCUUGACCGACAUCAAUUACGCGUUAGCUGCCGAUAAUUUGGCAACUAGUGCCCACAAUGGCGCAUCAGAUUCUUCGCUCGUCGCGUAUUGCGUCCAGCACCCGCGUGGCGCAGCGUAGCAGCCGAGUUCAUGCUGUGUCAGUUCGCUGCGCGGCGGCUCCCGCCGACGUGAUGCUCGAGGUCAAGGACCUCACUGCUUCCAUCGCGGGCACCCACACCCCCAUUCUGAAGGGCGUGAACCUCACCAUCCGCAACGGCGAGGUUCAUGCGAUCAUGGGAAAGAACGGUUCAGGCAAGAGCACGCUCAGCAAGGUGCUGGUGGGCCAUCCGGACUACGAGGUGACGGGCGGCACGGCCGUUUUCAAGGGCAAGAACCUGUUUGAGAUGGAGCCCGAGGAGCGCUCGCACGCGGGUCUGUUCCUCAGCUUCCAAACCCCGAUCGAGGUGCCGGGCGUGAGCAACGUCGAUUUCCUUCGGAUGGCUUGCAAUUCGCGCCGCAAGGCGCUGGGGCAUCCGGAGCUGGAUCCCCUGGAGUUUUACGCCUACAUUAUGCCAAAGCUGGAGAUGCUGAACAUGGACCCCACCUUCCUCAACCGCAACGUGAACGAGGGCUUCUCGGGAGGCGAGAAGAAGCGCAAUGAGAUCCUGCAGCUGGCUGUGCUGGAGGCCGACAUGGCCAUCCUGGACGAGAUUGACUCGGGCCUGGACAUCGACGCACUGCGGGAUGUGGCCAAGGCCGUGAACCAGCUCAGGAGUGACGACACCGGUGUCCUCAUGGUCACGCACUACAAGCGCCUACUGGACUACAUCAAGCCCGACUUCGUGCACAUCAUGCAGGCCGGCGAGAUCGUGAAGACAGGCGACAUGAGUCUGGUCGACCAGCUGGAGGCCGGCGGCUACGCCACUCUGUAGGAUGGCGAGCAUUAAGGGAGCGGCUGCGGCAGUUGCUCUAGCCGCGGAGCUGUGGAGCUGGGACUUGGCGGACGGCAUGGAGGCAGGCGGCGGGCAAGGAGUAGCGGUAGGUGCAGCGCUGGCGGGAGGGCGCCGAGCGCUCGAAGGCACAGCUUUCAAAGAGCAGCGCGGAGUAGGCAAGAUUGCGGCAUGAAGGCUGGACACGAUGGCAGGUGGCGUGCUGGUGUUACAAGCGCCCGACUGGGAAACUGCCAGUGGUGCCCCAGGAGCAGCCGUGCUGGCGCCGCAGCAAAGCAGAAGCGCAGGUUGCCGGAGAGCUUGUUUGCGGCUUGCGCGCACUCGGCCUGGACCUACGGCUGAGGCGGUAUCGUGGAAAUUCUUGUGAGUGACCGUGCUUAAUCUUGAUAAUCGGGAACGAUUGUGACGACGGACCAUGACUUACCUAGAGUGCGCCUGUGCGCGUGUGACUUGCGCGGCCCUGGGCUGGGGCGCCGUGAGGGCGGGUUAAGGGCGAAACGAGUGGCUGAGCGGCGUGGGUGGAUUCGUACAGGUGUUUUGAGGCCUGAAUGCAGGCACGCGCGCAGCUUGCGUUCGGAGCUGGCAGAAAAGCCGACGGCCUCCCUCCGUUUGUUUGUGGGAGUGCACUGAACACGGUCUUGGGCAGUACCAUAGGGUAGCAAUCAGUUGGUUGGCCAAACAAGAGCCAACGGUAGUAAACGACGGGGCGCCGGGGGAGUGCGCCUGAAAAGCAGGCGGAUGAGUUUUGAGUUGUGUGACAUGCCCGCAUGACCAAAGUUUCAGCAUGCAUGAUGCAUGUGCUUGCUGGUUCAUAUUUGCGAGUCCACGCAGAGUUGGCGAAGGCAUGCGUUGGGAUACGUCGCUUAGUGCUGGAGGACUCAAUUGAUGCAUGUGGCGGCGCGGGGUCCUCAAGGCUGGCGGUCUUAGAUGACGGCCGCGGCGAGAACGUGCGCUCCGAGUAAAGCUUAGGGUACAAACAUAAUGUAAUCGCAAGGUUUC